AACUGAUCUCCGAUAAUCACUCAUCCUCCAUUUUUUUCAAACCACAAUUUCUUUCAAUCUGUCGCUCCACCUCAUUUACAUAUUUCCUUCAUAAUUUACUACAUUUUUUACACAAAUAAAUUAGGGAAAACACACACACACACACACACAUACACAUGUAAUUUACUAACUGGUGAGAUGAAAAAACACACAUUUUUUCAUACUUAGAUUAAGCUUAACUCCUUUCCUCCUCCGUCUAUAUGAAUGAACAUCCCUCACCUCAGAUUUCCAUUGUUGCUGAUUUAGCUUAGCAAAACUUUCCAUUAUAAUUUUUUUUUUUUUUUUGCCCCCAGCAAAUCAUGAGCCCAGCUCAAUUCAACGAUAUUAAUCCCCAUGCCAAUAAGGAAUUGAGCCCAUCUCCUUCAAUUUCAUCCUCCUUUCCCUUGAAAAUCAACAAGGAUUCACAUUUCAUCAAGAAAUCAUCAUCCUCGUCAUCAUCUCCUUCGUCGUCCUCGUCUUCGUCGACCUCGUCUCUCGUUAACGGUGUCGUAUCCAACGCCACUAACAAAUCCCAUCAUCAGCAGCGUCACCCCGUGAUAAUCUACACCCAUUCUCCGAAAAUCAUUCACACCCACCCGAAAGAUUUCAUGGCCCUGGUUCAGAAACUCACCGGACUAUCCCGCUCCGACGAGGACGACCACCCAGAUCGUCCCAACAAUUACAAUAACCACAAGCUUAGAUCCGCGUCGUCAAAUAUUGAUGAGAAAAUCGACAAUGGGGCGGCGAUGGCGAUGUCCGACGACAACGAGUCGACGUCGGUGGUGACGGAAGAUAAUAACAGCGGCACCCGCAGCGGCGGAGGAAGCAGUGGCUCUGCCUUCGGAGAGGCGCAGGUCAAUUCGGGUUUCGUGCCCCGCCCGAUGUUUGACCCGGCGGCUGCUGGGGCUCCGAACCCGUGUUUCAACGGCAUCCCGUUUUUCAACCCGGGUUCGACGGAUUUCUUGGGUUCAUCCCAUCAUCAUCAUACAAAUCAGCCACCAUUUAAUUAUAACUAUUCGGAGGACUCUUCUUUGUUCUAUAUGCCUAAUAUAAGAAGCUCGCUGUCAUCUUCUACGUUGGAGGGCAUGAAAGAGUUACCAGAUUUUUAAAUUUUUGAGCCAAUUUUUUUUCCUUAGUUAAACUUUACCUUUUCCUUGGGAUCGUUCUUAAUUAGGUCGCAGAUGCGACUGAUUAUGAUCUGAAUCUUGUUUAGCUAGGAUGAUUGGGGGAUUAAUUAGGCUAAGAUCUCUCUAGUCUCUUUUUGUAAUGCCUCUAGGCAUUUCUUAAUGGUAAUUUAGGGGUUGUUUUGCUAAUAAGAAAUAGUUUUUUGCUAUUCUGUCUUCAUAGCAUAUGCAAAGAAUUCAAUUCAUUACUAGCUACUCGUAACGUUCUUUUCCC